GAAGAGAAGAAAAUAAACGAAGCUGAUCCAUAGUAUUAAGCGGCGUCUGGAGCUUCAGAUGGGCUGCUGUCACACAGGAGAGGGACGUUUACAAACUUGACAGCUGCAUUUUUACUUUUGCACGUGCAGUUCCGAUCAAUCGUUUGAAUAGAUCGGUAUUUUCUGCAACUUCAUGUUUUCUGUGUGAGGGAAAACUUUUUUUUUUGGUGGCGGUUGUGCUGAAAUUGGGGUUGGGGAAGGGAGGAAAAGAAAUCUAAACCAGGCCGAAUGUUUAGGAAUGGCUGAAGAGAACAGCAAGGGUCACAGCAAUAAGAUAAAGAAAGCUGCGGUUGCUGAGGAAGAGGGGAGUGAGGAAGAAGAGGAGGAAGAGGAGGAGGAGGAAGGGGAAGGGGACCUGAGUUCGGACAAGGCCCUGCAGCAGUGUGACCUGAACCAGGACAUGAUCGACAUCAGCAUCUCCAGCCUGGAGGGGCUCAGGACCAAAUGUUCCGCUUCCAACGACUUGACACAGCAGGAGAUCCGGAUGCUGGAGGUGAAACUUGUCAAAUAUAUUAGUAAGCAGUUACAGUGCAAACACAAGGUACCACCCAGUGAGAGAACAUCCGAGCUUGAGAGAUAUCCCCGACUAAGUGACUGGUUCCGGACCAUAAACCUAAGAAAAGAAAUAAUACAAGAGGUCCCAGGUGAUCUAACACUAGACAUUUUGCUGAAUAUGUCCGAUACGAAGGUUUGUGAAGUCAUGAAGAGGUAUGGAGCUAACCCUGAGGAAUGCUGUCGGCUAAAUGCUGCCCUCUCCUGUUUAAGAAGCAUAAAUGAUUCAGGUGGUGAGCUACAAGAUGACACUGUUCUUUGGACUUCAUCCGAGACAAGACGAGAAAGCAGUACUGCAUCUCCUUCAGAACUAUUUUGUCCUGUUGGUUCAAGACAGCCACACAGUCCUUCCCCUGUUCCCAGACUAAUACCCUCUCCACCACGUUCAAUAUCUGUUUCUGUUAUUCCAACUUCGGAAUCUAUAUGCUUGCCAAAUCGCUCAGACAACUUAGUAGACCCUUUUUCACCGUCCCCUCGACCGGGUCGGCGAACAUCGGGGCCCCAAACUAUUACAAUUACGCCACCAGCUACUCCCCCCUCUAAGAAGAAGCAUCGUUUUAAGCCACCCCGAACUCCUCCACCACCUUCUAGGAAACUUAUUCAGCUUUUUCCUGGUUUCUCCGGACUCACCAGGAGUAAAUCUCAUGAAUCACAACUGGGCAAUAGAAUAGAUGAGGUACCAACAAUUAAGUUCGGUAAGAAAAACAAGUUUUUUCUCAAUCUGAACAUCAAUGGCAGUGGCAGCAGCUGUGAUGAUAUUGCUACCCGAUCCCCUUUAAUGCCAUGUAGGCCUUUCUUUCCUCAAUCUAUUGGGAGUUCUCACUGUGUUCCCACAACGCCUUGUCCGUCUGAUGACCACAGUUCUCCUAAAAACACUUUACAUGUACCGCGUGGAUCUCCUCAGAUGGUGCAGAGAGAUUUUGGGCUUUCCAUUACACAUAGGUUUUCAACAAAAUCCUGGCUAUCACAGACCUGUCAAGUUUGUCAAAAAAAUAUGAUGUUUGGCGUAAAGUGCAAGCAUUGUCGAUUAAAGUGCCACAACAAAUGCACGAAAGAAGCUCCUCCAUGCCGGAUAUCAUUUCCUCAAAUAUCAUCAAAAAUUCGAAGAACAGAGUCUGUACCAUCUGAUAUAAAUAAUUCUGUGGAUAGAUCUGCAGAACCUCAAUUUGGCACUCUUCCAAAGGCACUAAAAAAGGAUCAUGCACCAGUUCCUUUGGAUUCCAGCAGCAACCCAUCUUCAACAACAUCUUCAACUCCUUCUUCUCCAGCACCUUUUCAAUCUUCCAAUCCUCCUAGCGCCACCCCACCUCCAAACCCUUCUCCAAAAGGUCCCAGAGACAGGUUCAAAUUUCCAGCUGCGUACUACUUUCAUCAUAGACAACAGUUUAUCUUCCCAGAUGUUCCUAGUCCAUCUCUGCCUGUCACUUUACAACCCGAUAAUUCUGAAGACACUAAUACCGUUGAGGAAACUGAACCAGAAGUCGCUGAAGAUCUGGAUGCGGAGAAUGAAGACCAUGGACUUGAUGAUGAGGAAGUUAAUAAAUCGGAAUCAGAAUGUGAGACUGAUGAGGUGGAUGACUUGCCAAAUACCAGGUCAUACUACAGAGGCCUGAUGGCUCGCAAGCCCAGCCAAACCAGUGUCUUUCUUCAGGAAUGGGACAUUCCUUUCCAUGAAUUGGAAGUUGGCGAACUGAUUGGCAAAGGGCGAUGGGGAAAAGUUCAUAAAGGACGUUGGCAUGGAGAAGUAGCAAUUAGGUUGUUGGAGAUUGAUGGGAAUAAUCAGGAUCAUCUGAAAUUGUUCAAGAAAGAAGUGAUGACUUACCGGCAAACGAGGCAUGAAAAUGUGGUACUUUUCAUGGGAGCUUGUAUGCAUCCUCCACACUUAGCCAUUAUUACAAGUUUCUGUAAAGGGCGAACACUCUUCUCAUUUGUGAGAGAUUCUAAAAUCACACUGGAUAUUAACAAGAUCAGGCAAAUUGCACAAGAAAUCAUAAAAGGGAUGGGGUACCUUCAUGCAAGAGGUAUAGUGCAUAAGGAUCUAAAAUCAAAGAAUAUCUUCUAUGACAAUGGCAAAGUUGUAAUUACAGACUUUGGACUAUUUGGUAUAUCUGGUGUUGUACAAGAAGACAGGAGAGAGAAUGAAUUGAAGCUGCCAAAUGGAUGGUUAUGCUAUGUAGCUCCUGAAAUAGUCCAAGAAAUGUAUUCAGGCAAGGAUGAAGACAAACUUCCAUUUUCAAAGGCGGGGGAUGUAUAUGCAUUUGGGACUAUUUGGUAUGAGCUUCAGGCCAGAGAAUGGCCAUUUAAGAACCAACCUGUUGAGGCAAUAAUCUGGCAAGUUGGUAGUGGAGAAGGAGUCCAAAAUCUACUAGCUCAGAUUUCCUUGGGAAAAGAAGUGACGGAAAUUCUGUCUGCAUGUUGGUCUUAUGAUCAAAAUGAAAGGCCAACUUUUACUCAGCUGAUGGACAUGCUUGAAAAACUGCCAAAACUCAACAGGCGACUUUCUCAUCCAGGUCACUUCUGGAAAUCUGCAGAGUUGUCAUUCUGAAAAAAAAAGACACCACAGCAAGUAAUUGUAGCUGUUGAUGCAAAAUCUGGGUCUGCCUUGCAUGCGUACAAAAUUUUCUCCCCUGUGAUGCAACAACUUUGGCAAUCAUUCCCAUCAUUAAAUCUUCAAACUUAACCUUUGGAGACAAUCAUUAAUAGUAGCAAAGUUCUUGCAAGGUUCGAAAGACUUGACCUGGGAAUUCUGGAACAGCAAAGCAAUCAAAAGCUUUAAUGGGGAUGCUCACUUUGUUUUCAUGGGUUACGUUUCAGUGAUAUCAUCAUCCAGUUAUGUUCCUGAAAAUAUUUCCAAAAAUGUUUCUUCGUUCACUACAUUUUUCCUGCAACAGUUGAGCUGACGAGCAAGUAAAGAAUAGGACUGUUGAGUAUUGGGAGACUGGUUGCCAAGUUUUGGUACCUUUUUAUACAUAGAAUUUUUGUUAUUUCAAGACAUAUACUAUUUAAGUAGCUUAAAAAAACAUUGUCUUAAACAUGCCUUGUAAUUGCUGGGGAUUUUACAAUUUCAGUUUAUCAGCACUUUCAUGUACAUUUCAACCCAGUUUCAUCCUGAAAACCUCUGUUGAAUCCACAGAAAAAUAUUCAAAUCAAGGAAUGGAAACAGAGUUAAGCCACUUAUUUAAAGUUUUUCACAUUAAUUGGUGAAUCUUACUUGUCUGAAUGUUCACAAUUGAUUAAAAAAAAUCUGAAAGGCAAGUUAUGAACAGCUUGGGUGUAAGUCUUAUCUCCUUCUGUAAAUUUGUAGGUACUGUGAGCAGUGAAAUAAAGGUGGGGAACGAUUGAAACAUUCACAAUUUGAAUGUAAGGUGAAAAAUGCUUUAGAUGAAAUAAUAUAUAAUGAUUUGUUAUCAGAGUGCCAAUUAAAAAUCUGUGCAUGGAAUCAAAAUUAAGUUGAAAAAACCCUUUAAGAAACAAACGAUGAAAGUAACACAGAAUUGUAACAGUACAUGAGGCCAUUUGGUCCUGUAUCAUCAUCAGCUCUUCAAAUGAGCAAUUUACCUAACAUUUGCCCCUAUGUUCUCCCUGUAAUCUACACAUCCUCUCUUUUCAGAUAAUAACUCAAUUCUCUUGACUGCACCUGACUCCACCACACUGAGGCAGAGCAUUCUAGAUCUAAACCACUCACUGCAGAAAACAGUUCUCCUUAUAUCUCCAUUCUUUUGGAAAUUAAUUCUAAUCUGUACUCUCCCAUUCUCAAUCCUUCCAACAAUGGGAAAGUUUCUUCCUUCUUUAUCUUCUGUUUCCAAACUCCACAUGAUUUUCGGACAUCUCUUUCAUAUCUCCUGCCCAUCUUCUUUUCUCUAUUGAUACCCAGCUUAACUUUCUCAGUCUACAUGCUUGAAAUUCCUUGUUCCUGGAACCAUCUUUGUCAAUUUCUCUCCUGUCUUCAUAAAGGAAUGGAGUGCAACCAUAGACACAGUUCUCCAGUUGAGGCUAACCAGUGUUUUAUACAAGUUUAACGUGACCUCCUUGCUCUUGUUAUCUAUGGCCUUCUUAGUGGAGCCGAGGAUACUGUAUGAUUUAUCCACUGUUGUCAGUCUGUCCUGCAUGACUUAUACACAAAAUCACCUCCAUCCCCCUGCUCCUGCACUCCUUUAGAAUUGUAUUUUGUUUUGGUAUAUUGUGUUCUUCCUCACAAAUGUAUCACUUCAGACUUGACUUCAUUGAACUUCAUUUGCCAUUUCUCUGGCCAUUCCACCAACAAAUCUCUGAUCUUGCUCCUCACAGUUUGCAAUGCUUCCAAAUUAUAUCAUCUGCAAAUUUUGAAAUGCUGCCCUGAAGUCAAGGUUGUUAACUUAGAGUUAUACAGCACAGAAGCAGUCCUUUUGGUCCAACUUGUCUGCACUGACCAGACAUUUCAAUCUGACCUUUUUACCAUUUGCCAGCAUUUGAGCCAUAUCCUUCUAACCCUUCCUAUUCAUAUACCCAUCCAGAUGCCUUUAAACUGUUGUAAAGGUACCAGCCUCCACUACUUCCUCUGGCAGCUCAUUUCAUACACUCACCACCCAAAGCUCCAGGGGAGAAAAGCCUCAGCCUAUUCAGCCUUUCCCUAUAUCUCAAACCCUCCAGUCCGGGUAACAUCCUUGUAAAUCUUUUCUGCACCUCCUCCAGUUUAAAACUUACAGAAGGGUGACAUAGUGGUUCCAAAAGAGCAAGUGUCUGAACAUUGACCCUGGGGGAACUUGAUUACCAACCUCCCUGCAGUUCAAAAAACAUCCAUUAACAAGCACACGGUCUGCUGUCAAUUGGUCAGUUUUGCAUCUCUGUUAGUGUUCAUUUUUGUUUCAUGAGUUUGGUCUACCUGUACAUUUUCUUUGUAGCUGGGG